UCAUUGCUCAGAUAAAGGCACAGUUUCACUCAUGGCAGCAGAAAUGGUUACCGGUGUUCUUGUUUCUACUUUCCUCGAGAGGACUAUCGACACUUUGGCUUCUCGUCUUGUCGACAUAUUUCAUCAAAGAAAGCACAAGAAGCAACUCAGCAACUUGAAGAUGAAGCUGCUAGCCAUUGAUGUUGUGGCGUUUGAAGCAGAACAAAAGCAGUUCACAGAUCCACGUGUCAGAGAUUGGCUUCUCAGGGCCAAAGAUGUUGUGAUUGAUGCAGAAGAUCUCUUGGAUGAGAUAGAUUAUGAACUCUCCAAAACCCAAGUGGAAGCUGAGUCUCAGAGUGCAUCUAAGAAGGUGUGGAAUUCCCUCGACUCUUCUUUCUUUGAAAUUGAAUUUGAUUCCAUGAGGGAAAAAGUCAUUGAGGACCUAGAAGAACUUGCAAUCGAAAGCGAUCUUCUAGGUUUGAAAAAGGGUGGUGGUGUUGGGGUUGGAUCAGGAUCCGGUAGUAAAUUAACACAUACAUCUUUGCCAAAUGAAAGAGUUAUCUUUGGCAGAGAUGAUGACAAAGAAUUUGUCCUUAACUGGCUCACAUCGGACACUCACAACAACCUAUCUAUACUUUCUAUUGUGGGCAUGGGUGGGAUGGGUAAGACCUCUCUUGCCCAACAUGUAUUCAACGACCCAAGGCUUCAAGAAGCUAACUUUCAUACUAAAGUUUGGGUCAGUGUUCCACAGGAAUUUGAUGUUCUCAAAGUAUCAAGAGCAAUUCUUGACACAAUAACUGGUUCCACUGAUCAUACUAUACAGCAUGAAGUAAUUCAGAAAAGACUGAAAGAAGAACUUAUGGGAAAGAAAUUUCUUCUCGUUUUGGAUGAUGUUUGGAACGAAAGACCAUCUAAAUGGGAAGAUGUGCAGAAGCCUCUAGUUUUCGGAUGCCAAGGCAGUAGAAUUAUUGUCACUACACGGAGUGAGAAAGUUGCUGUUGCCAUGCGAUCAGAAAAGCGCCUCUUGCAGGUAUUAAAAAAAGAUUAUUGUUGGGACUUGUUCGCAAAGCAUGCAUUCGAAAAUGCUAAUCCGCAACCAGACUCAGAAUUCAUAGAGAUUGGUAAGAAGAUAGUUGAAAAAUGUAAUGGACUUCCUUUAGCCUUAAAAACUAUGGGAAGUCUAUUACACAAUAAAUCAUCUCUUUCGGAAUGGAAAAGUAUUAUGAAGAGUGAGAUAUGGGAUUUUUCAGAAAAUGAAAGUGAUAUACUCCCUGCUUUAAGACUGAGCUAUUUCCACCUUCCUUCUCAUCUGAAGAAAUGCUUUGCUUUUUGUGCCUUAUUUCCCAAAGGUUAUUGGUUUGACAAGGAGUGGUUAAUUCAAUUGUGGAUGGCUGAAAAUUUCCUAGAAAACCCUCUACAGAAAAAGAGUCCUAAAGAAGUUGGUGAAGAAUAUUGCAAUGAUCUAUUAUCUUGGUCCUUCUUUCAACAAGAUUCAAGAUUUGGAGGGGAAAAGUGUUUUAUCAUGCAUGACCUUCUAAAUGAUUUGGCAAAAUACGUCUGUGAAGACAUAUGCAUAAGGUUAGGAGUUGAUGAACCAAAAGGUAUACCCAAAACAACCCGUCAUUGUUCAUUUUCAGGCUCAGGUUUUGAUGGGUUUGGGAGUUCGAUUGAUACUCAAAAGUUGCAUACAUUUACUCGAACAAAUCGGGAUUGGCGUUGGGAUUGGCGUUGGGAUUGCAAGAUGUCCAUAAAUGACCUGUUCUCCAGAUUUAAGUUAAUACGUGUGUUAUCUUUGUGUAAUUGUCGUAGCCUUACGGAGUUGCCUAAAUCUGUAGGAAAUCUUAAGCAUCUUCGUUCAUUAGAUCUAUCCCAUACUGCAAUAGAAAAACUACCUGACUCAAUAAGUUUACUCUACAAGUUGCAAAUACUGCAGCUGAACUAUUGUGAAGAAUUAAAGGAGCUUCCCUCAUGUUUACAUGAACUCAACAACUUGCGUCGUCUUGAAUUAGUAGGUACUGGAGUUGAAAAUGUGAUAGCAUAUCUGGCAAAGUUGAAGAAUCUUCAAGUAACGAUGGAUUCAUUUCAAGUUGAAAAAAGUAAGGAAAUCUAUUUUCAGCAAUUAGGAGAACUCGAUCUUCAUGGAAGUCUAACAAUUGAUGAUCUGCAGAAUAUUGAGAAUCCCUCGUAUGCAUUAGAAGUUGAUUUGAAGAACAAACCACACCUUGUGGAACUACGGUUAGAAUGGAAUUUCAUUGGCAGCUCCUCUGUUGAUUCAGAAAAAGCUGAGGAUGUAAUUGAGAACCUACGUCCUUCAAAAUAUUUGAAGAAGUUGUCAAUAAGGAACUAUAUUGGUAAACAAUUUCCAGAUUGGUUACUUCAUAAUUCAUUACCGAAUCUGGUGUCCUUAGAGUUGGAGGGAUGUGAAUCUUGCCAACGUUUACCUCCGCUUGGACUUUUUCUAUUUCUCAAGGACUUGAGGAUUGCAAGACUGGAUGGGAUAGUGAGUAUUGAUGCGGAUUUUCAUGGGAACAACUCUUCUUCAUUUAAAUCCCUUCAAACAUUGUAUUUCUAUGAUAUGAGGCAAUGGGAAAAGUGGGACUGCCAAGCUGUGACAGGUGCUUUUCCAUGUCUACAAUAUUUUUCAAUAGAAAAGUGUCCCAAGCUGAAAGGACACCUGCCAAAGUUUGUUGCUUUAAAAACUUUAAUAGUGAUUCACUGCGAACAACUUGAAGCUUUGAUUGUCAGUGCGGUAGAAUUACGUCUACAAGACUGCGGAAAGCUGCCGUUGGAGCGGUCUACAAUGAAAAAUCUCACAAUGGAUGGGCAGGGCAUGGCAGCAUCAUUGGUGGCAAUGGUUGGACAUAUGCUAUUCGACACUUCUCUUGAAAAGUUGUCCAUUUGUUCAGAGUCAAUAAGUGAUGACUGUGUCUCUCUAAGGAUCUUUCCACUUGAUUUCUUCCCAACACUCAGGACUCUUGAACUCAUUGGAUUUCCUAAUCUACAGAUGAUUUCACAGAAUCAUGUUCACAAUCAUCUCUGGCAUCUGAAAAUCAAAGAGUGCCCUAAAUUUGAAUCAUUGCCUGCAAACAUGCAUAUGCUGCUUCCAUCUCUCAUAAGCCUAGAGAUAAAAGAUUGUCCAAGACUUGAGUCGUUCUCUGAAGGAGGUUUGCCAUUAAAUCUAAAAGACAUCACACUCAAUAAUUGCUUUAGACUUGUUGGCUCACUCAAAAGAGCUUUAGGAGACAGUCCUUCGUUGAGAAGUUUAAGGAUUGAAAAAGUAAAGGCGAAAUGUUUUCCUGAUGAAGGUUUGCUUCCACCCUCUCUUACUCAACUAAUAAUAAGGGAUUAUCGAAAUCUAAAAAAACUGAACUACAAGGGUCUCUUAGAACUCUCAUCUCUUGAAACACUGAAGCUUUUGAAAUGUCCCAACCUCAAAUGCUUACCAGAAGAGGGUCUUCCCAAAUCAAUUUCAUUUCUUGAAAUAAUGAACUGUCCUUUGCUGAAACAGCGUUGCCACAAAGAAGGAGGCGAAGACUGGAAAAAGAUUUCUCACAUUCGAAACCUAUUAAUACUGUAGUGAGGUUGUUUAUUUUGUUUAAUUUUGUUUAAUGGUAGGGAUACU